UGAUGUGCCUGGGUGGGGUUUGAUGCUGGCCUGCAUAAAGAGGCCUUAGAAUUGCUGCCUGACACAGGCCUGGGGCGGGGGCUACCCCAGCCUGGGCUUCCACUGGCCUCUGUCUGUCUGCGGAGGGAAUCUGCUCCCCCAGCUCUGCUCCCCCAGCUCCACCUCAGCCGUGCGGGGUGGCAGGAGCCCCUUUGAAAGCCCUCAAAGGCCUCUUUAUACAUCCCCCUCUGACCCUCCCUUCCCUGAGGGAGCUACCAGGGAGCGGGCUCGGGUCGGCUUUCCUCCUCCUCUGCCACCCUGUCUUCUGUAUUUUGGACAAAGUUCAGGCCAAGUUUGUUCCUGUUGCUCAGUUUCAUUUCCCCCAAACUCCCUGCUCAGGGUCUGGUCUGAAUGGGGGCUUUCCAAUCCAGGAGGGUUUAUCUGGGCCACUCACCAUCUUUGAGCCCGUAGGAGUUGCUCCCUCUGGAGUUGGGCCUGGAAAGUCCUUGGUGUGUGGGGAGCACGUGGGAGGAGGAGGACCUAAGCCCUCACCUUUGCUUCUACUGCCUCCCCUUGCUUUCAACCACUCAUUCAUUAGGUAAACAUUUCCCUGUUCCUCUUCUUGCUAGGGCCCUGGGGGUGCCACAUAUUGGGAUGCAUAGAGGCAUGUAUCUCCCAGUACUUGGAGCGGGGCAGUAAGGAUCCAGGUUCACUGACCUUGCUCAGGGCCCUUGGCCUGUCUGGGUUUUGAUUCUGUUCCCCCAAGGAUGAGGAAGGGUGGCCUGGGCAGAGCUCCACAAAGGUUCCCAGAGGCUUUGGGCAUUCUCCAGCUUUCCUGCUGUCUUGCCAUUGCUGGGUCUGGAGAGGAGGGGAGAUAGUUGGAACUUGAGAGGGACUUGUCCUAGAAGGCUGCCUCCUUGUUCCUUGCCUUUCUGAGAGGUCAGCCCUCCACUUCCCUCCUCUUCCUGCCCACUCCUUGCCAGGUGAAUGCUGUGAGGCUGGCUCUUCUGGUUGAUCUUGUCUUUGCCAGGCAAAGUGUUCCAGGAGUAGUGGGGCAAGAGGAUUUUCAUCAGAAGCAUCUCCAGGACUGGAGGGUAUAGGGGAGAAUUGGACCCUGUCCUCAGGAGGACGCGGGAGUUCCCCAGACUUGGGGCAGGAGGACUUGGGGCAGGAGGCAGGGUUCCAACACUGAUCUGUCACUUGCAUGCUUUGGCAAGAAGCUUGCCCUGGGGCUGCUGAUGGGAGUGGUGGCCAGGAAAGUGGUACUGAAAGACUUCUUGUUCUCUGACCUCCCUGAGCCUGAGAACUGAGAGAGCCUGGGCUCCUCUGUUUGUGCUCCAGGGAAGAAGGCCCUGGAGGGCAUGGCGGGCAGCUGGAUUUAGUGCUCAAGAGUCCUCUAUGGUGUCCUUAACUGGAGGACCCUGGAGUGGGGAUGAAGUAAUAGGGACUGGGGCACGGGAACAGAUGCAAGCAUAAGAAAAGGGGGCUUUGGAGGUAGCGUGCACUUAUGGGGUUGGAACUCCUCAGGCAAUUCUGGGCUGGGCAGAGUCAAGUCUGGAGGUGGCAAGAGUACUCUGGACCACCUGGGCAGAGUUGAAGUCAAAAGAGGGAGGACGGGCCCUGCAACCAAAGAAUACGGGGGUGCUUGGAACUGCUGCCUUCCUAGUCAACUCCUUUCCCCACCUGGCCCAAGCCCUAGUUACCAGACAGUGUCCCCCUUUGUCAGCCAGACCUGGAGGACAGUGGUAACGAUCACUGUUUACUGUAGCCUCGACUUCCCAGACUCAAGCAAUCCUCCCACCUGAGCCUCUUGGGUAGCUGAGACCACAGGAUCUGAGUGAUGAGAUGUGUCCCCGCUGAGGUGCCCCACAGCAGCAGGUGUCGAGCAUGGGCUGAGAAGCUGGACUGGCACCAAAGGGCUGGCGGAAAUGGGCAUCUGGCUGACUCCUAGGCAGUUGGCGGCAGCAAGGAGGAGAGGCCACGGCUUCUGGAGCAGAGCUGAGACGAAGCAGUUCUGGAGGGCUUGAACGGCCCCCUGAGCCCUACCCGCCUGGCCCACCAUGGUCCAGAGGCUGUGGGUGAGCCGCCUGCUGCGGCACCGGAAAGCCCAGCUCCUGCUGGUCAACCUGCUAACCUUUGGCCUGGAGGUGUGUUUGGCCGCAGGCAUCACCUAUGUGCCGCCUCUGCUGCUGGAAGUGGGCGUGGAGGAGAAGUUCAUGACCAUGGUGCUGGGCAUUGGUCCAGUGCUGGGCCUGGUCUCUGUCCCGCUCCUAGGCUCAGCCAGUGACCACUGGCGCGGACGCUAUGGCCGGCGGCGGCCCUUCAUCUGGGCGCUGUCCUUGGGCAUCCUGCUGAGCCUCUUUGUCAUCCCGAGGGCCGGCUGGCUGGCAGGGCUGCUGUGCCCGGAUCCCAGGCCCCUGGAGUUGGCACUGCUUAUCCUGGGUGUGGGGCUGCUGGAUUUCUGCGGCCAGGUGUGCUUCACCCCACUGGAGGCCCUGCUCUCUGACCUAUUCCGGGACCCGGACCACUGUCGCCAGGCCUACUCCGUCUAUGCCUUCAUGAUCAGUCUUGGGGGCUGCCUGGGCUACCUCCUACCUGCCAUUGACUGGGACACCAGUGCCCUCGCCCCCUACCUGGGCACCCAGGAGGAGUGCCUCUUUGGCCUGCUCACCCUCAUCUUCCUCACCUGUGUAGCAGCCACACUGCUGGUGGCAGAGGAGGCGGCGCUGGGCCCAGCCGAGCCCGCAGAAGCACUGUCAGCCCCCUCCCUGCCGCCUCGCUGCUGUCCGUGCCGGGCCUACCUGGCUUUCCGGAACCUGGGCGCCCUGCUUCCCCGUCUGCACCAGCUGUGCUGCCGCAUGCCCCGCACCCUGCGCCGGCUCUUCAUGGCUGAGCUGUGCAGCUGGAUGGCACUCAUGACCUUCACGCUGUUUUACACGGAUUUCGUGGGUGAGGGGCUGUACCAGGGCGUGCCCCGAGCUGAGCCGGGCACUGAGGCCCGGAGACACUAUGAUGAAGGUGUUCGGAUGGGCAGUCUGGGGCUCUUCCUGCAGUGUGCCAUCUCCCUGGUCUUCUCUCUGGUCAUGGACCGGCUGGUGCAGCGAUUUGGCACCCGCGCAGUCUAUCUGGCCAGUGUGGCGGCUUUCCCUGUGGCUGCUGGUGCCACAUGCCUGUCCCACAGUGUGGCCGUGGUGACGGCUUCAGCUGCCCUCACCGGGUUCACCUUCUCAGCCCUGCAGAUCCUGCCCUACACACUGGCCUCCCUCUACCACCGGGAGAAGCAGGUGUUCCUGCCCAAAUACCGAGGGGACGCUGGAGGCGCCGGCAGUGAGGACAGCCUGAUGACCAGCUUCCUGCCAGGCCCGAAGCCUGGAGCUCCCUUCCCCAAUGGGCACGUGGGUGCUGGAGGCAGUAGUCUGCUCCCACCUUCACCCUCGCUCUGCGGGGCCUCUGCCUGUGACGUCUCUGUGCGCAUGGUGGUGGGUGAGCCCGCCGAGGCCAGGGUGGUUCCAGGCCGGGGCAUCUGCCUCGACCUUGCCAUCCUGGAUAGUGCCUUCCUGCUGUCCCAGGUGGCCCCGUCCCUGUUCAUGGGGUCCAUCGUCCAGCUCAGCCAGUCUGUCACUGCUUACAUGGUGUCUGCCGCAGGCCUGGGUCUGGUCGCCAUUUACUUUGCUACACAGGUAGUAUUUGACAAGAACGACUUGGCCAAAUACUCAGUGUAGAAUACUUCCAGCACAUUGGGGUGGAGGGCCUGCCUCACUGGGUCCCAGCUCCCCACUCCCGUUAGCCCCAACCGGGGGCUGCUGGGCUGCCCACCAGUUCUGUUGCUGCCAAAGUAGUGUGGCUCUCUGCUGCCACCCUGUGGCGCUGAGGUGUGUAGCUGCACAGCUGGGGGCUGGGGCUUCCCUCUUCCCCUCUUCCCAGUCUCUAGGGCUGCCAGACUGGAGACCUUCCAAGUGGGUUUCAGUCUGGACUUCUACAGGGAGGCCAGAAGGGCAGGGCAUUUGAUUCACUCCAUGCACUGGAAUGCGGGGACUCUGCAGAUGGAUUACCCAGGCUCAGGGUUAACAGCUAGCCUCCCGGUUGAGACAUACCUAGAGAAGGAUUUCGGGAGCUGAAUAAACUCAGCCACCUGGUU